AACGCAAGUAUCUUAUAACUUCCAACGUGCAAAAAAAUCAAUAUUUUUUAUUUUUAAUUAAUAAUGAUUUCUCGCAUUCUUAAAUCGUCUGCCGGUAGUUAACAUCGACGGACGGCCCUUCGAUCACCGCUCGACGGAGAGUCCCUUUAAAAAUCGACCUUUAAACCCUCCCCCUCCCCGUUCCCCGCUCGGCGCGCGGGGGAUCGUCUUGCCGCGGGUCACGUGGCCGCUUAUCGACGUAUCGCGUUGGGCCGAGCGAACUGUCAAAUGCGAAGAUGGCCGCCGCCACUGAAAUAUUAAAGUCUCCCGCCGUGAGAAUCGACACGACUCGCCGACAGAAAAUGUAGAGUUUCCCGUGACGGAGGCGCGUCCCAGGUAAUAACCGAUCGCGCGGCACCGCGCGCGUCAACGCGAGAUCGUUCUCCGCGGUGACGUUCCUGGGGCGGAUUCGGACACGACGUUUUCGCGGAGUAUACGCGCGUGUAUGUACGUGUCACUUGCGUGCGUGUGCGCGCGUGUCUGUGUAUAUGCGCGGUGUGACAUCUCGAUCUCGUCUGACGUUUCGCGAGAAAGAGGGAGAGAGAGAGAGAGAGAGAGGGAGUGAGAACGAGCGGGCGGGCGGACGGACGUAAAUAUUGAGCCGGACGCUCGGCGAGCGACGAUGCCGCUGAUCCGUGUGCGCUGACCGCCGACCCGAUCGGCCUGUCGCAGUCGCACACGCUCGACUCGACGCCGGGGAGGAUCGCCGAUGCCGUGCCAUUUUCGACGAGUCGCUCCAUGCUGCCCGCGACGUUGACACCCGCGACGACGUCGGCACGACGGCCGCACGAGCGUGCCCGCUGACGGCCGCGCGGAUACGCCGUCAUGCUCUGCUCCCGCACGACGCGUCCCUACACGCGCCCCUUGCCGAUCGCCUGAGUUGUUAAAUCGCGAUUCAACCAAAUCUUAAGUAUGAACAUAAUGCGCAAAUUACGAGGGGGUACCAGCGUCGGAGGUAUGAGCUCGAGCGGUACCGCUGGCCUGGACGAUUGUGCCGGCGGCACGAAUCCUCAGCACACCGCUCUGGGGCUUAUGCACCUCAAGAAACUCUUCUCCGAGUACACCCAUCCGCCGCAUCCCCUCUCUGACACCGAACGUGAUGAUAAAUUGUACAACAUGUUGCCAUUAUUUUGCAAGGUAUUUGGCUCUAGUCCAUCGGGAGACAUGAACGAAAAGUUCUGGGACAUUUUGGCAUUCACGCAACAAGUAUCAAGACUGAUGGUGUCCGAGAUCAGGAGGAGAGCGAGCAACCAGAGCACCGAGACGGCGAGCUGUGCCAUCGUCAAGUUUCUAGAGAUCGAGAACAGCGAGGAGUCGAGUAACGGCUGGAUGUUGCUGUCCGCAUUGAAUCUGUUGGCGGCGGGUGACACGUCUCUGAUACAAGCCAUGACCGCUGCCUCGGUACCGUCAACUUUGGUGAAAUGUUUAUAUCUGUUCUUCGAUCUGCCUGAGAUGAACGAAGAAGAUGCCGACAUUACAGAUGCAAAUAGCGAAUUUACUCCUAGAGAACGUAGGAUACUAUUACAAAAGAUAUUCGUUCAGUUAUUGGUGAGAUUAUGUAGCCACCCUUAUCCCGCAGAGGAACUCGCCCGCAAAGACGAUCUUACCUUAUUGUUCUCAGCAAUAACCAGUUGGUGUCCACAGUACAAUAUUAUGUGGCGUAAAAGUGCCGCCGAAGUCUUGAUGACGCUAUCUCGACAUGGUCUUACGCAGAAUGUAGUAGCCUAUAUUCAUAAUAAAGGAUGCAUAGCACUUUGUAUCGAUAAUAUGCAACGUGUACCUGAGCUGGCACCAUUAGAAGUUGUAGAAAUGUUCGUAACAGCGUUCUGUUUUCUAAAAGAUUCCAGUGAAGUUUCUCAGACAUUGCUAGAUGACUUUCGUGCUUGUCAAGGCUAUAUCUUUCUAUCUGAAUUUCUGUUAAAACAUGCGCCGUCAAGAUUAGAGCAAGAUAACAGAGCGGAAGCACAAGAUGCUAUCCGAAAUUUGGUACUAAUGUUAGCGUCUUUAACAAUGUGUGGUCAUACAGAAUUAAAGCCGAGUCAAGCUAGUAUGGGAUCUUUGUUUCAAAUGCUUGGGUUUACCUUGCCACAGCCAAGUAACAGAGGAGGAAGCGUUCGAAAUAUUCAAGCGUUCCAAGUAUUGCAAUCUGUAUUCGUGAAAUCUAAUUCACCACUUCUGUGUUGCACUAUAUUGGACGCGAUAUCUAGCGUGUAUCACAGCGAUAAUGCAAAUUACUUUAUUCUCGAGGGACAGAAUACCCUGUCCCAGUUUGCAGAGAAAAUCCAUUUAAAGAAUCCGGAGAUACAAGAGAAGUUCUUUCAAUUGCUGGAGUUUAUUGUUUUCCAACUUAAUUUUGUUCCAUGUAAAGAACUCAUAUCUCUAUCCAUUUUAUUGAAAACGAACAAUUCAGUCUCUUGCAGUAUUAUGUGUAUGGAAACUCUUCUCAAUAUACUCAGACACAACACUAUAUUUAAAGAUGUUUAUAGAGAAGUUGGUAUGUUAGAAGUUUUUGUGACUUGUCUUCAUCGGUACGCAACGUUACUUAAGGAUAAACAAGCUGCGACUGAUCAAGGAUUAGAAUACACGAUAUGCCCCGAGGAUGAACGGUUGGGUGCCUUAGUAAUGGAGGCUUUAACAACAUUAUUAGCGAGUAAUGUUCAAAACGCGAAUGUGUUUAGAGAAUGCGGAGGCGCGCGAUGCGCUCAUAAUCUAGUGCCCUAUGUAGAUUGCCGGUAUCAGGCACUUGGUAUUGUGAGAGAAUUGAUACUCAGUGCGGGUGGUGACGAUGAUAUGGCGACCCUAUUAGGAGUUAUGCAUUCAGCACCUCCUAAUGCCUUGAUAUUGAAGACACAUAUACUAAAGUCUCUGUUAGCCUGUUUGCGUGAGUCGCAUAGGACUAGAACGGUUUUCCGAAAAGUUGGGGGCUUUGUUUACGUAAUGUCAGUUCUGGUAUCUCUGGAGAAUCAAUUAGGCCCGCAAAGGUCGGAGAAGAACGAACCUUGUAACGAUAUCAUACAAAGAACUAUGCAGGACGAGAGCCAAUUGCUAACAUUGCUACACGUGGUAUUUCAUACUAUAAGCACAGCUAUGCGAUUUGAGCCAGCAAAUGCAAAAUUCUUCCAUCAUGAGAUUUGCCAAUCGAGUCUGUGUGAUACUUUACGCCUACUUGGGUGUUUCUCGACGCAGACGAAAAUCACUGAGAUGGAUAUGAUACCAACCAUGAAUUAUCAUAAUAUGCUAAUAUCAUUAUUUACUGGGAGUAUUCUGGAACCAGUAUUUCCAGAUAAUAUGCCAAAGACAUUAGGAUACGCAUGCUUGCUGCUGCGUUUGCUUUAUGACGUGGCGCUCGAUUCCUUUGACAAACCAAAUUUAGCUAACGUAGGGAUAAGAUCCCCAAGUCACAAGCAAAAUAGCAUGGAGGUAUACUCUUCUUAUCAGAGUAUCACCAAUCUAUCUUUUAAAAAUGGUAAUUAUGGCUGUGCGUUUCAGCAAAAGUCAUUCGACUCUCCUGGAAGCGGCAAGAGAUAUAUUAUAAAUUCCUUAAACCUAAGCCCACCUGCACCUGAGCCAAUUGUGGUUCAUCCUGGCAUAGUAGUCGGAAUGCUUCACCUACUCCCGUCUAUAUCCGAACCAUCUAAUCCGCAAAUGGCACUAGCGUUACAAUUGUACGUGGCGGAGAUCAUCAAGAGCUUAGUAAGGUCAGAAAGAAAUCAGCAAGUGAUGUGUGAAGCUGGUAUGGCUGGUGAAUUGCUAUCAGUAGGUAGAAUUGCUUUGCAAGACGAAGCACACCCGCUACAUCAACCUCUGCAGUACAUCAUAGAAAGACUCGCUGCGCAAUCGCUUGAACCAAGAGAUCUAAGAGAAUUUCUACGUUUGGGUGAUCCGUUAUGUUGUAUUUCACUGGAUGAUAUCGAGCCGAACAAAUUUAGGGGUGGACCAGUUCCUUUAACGCGGAUUAAGACAUUAGUGUCGAUGACGACGCCCAAGGACUUCAGAGCUCAUGGUUCAUGCACUUUACCACCUUUCGUGGAGCUCGAUAUGAGCGCUGAGGGAUUUGCAUGUUUAUAUCUACCAAGUGUCGCUCCGCAAAGUACCACACCUCCUACAGUUGUCUCCGCAGACAAUAGUGUACUGGGAGGGAUUGGAUCAGGCGAUAGAUUAUUUCCGCCACAGACCGGCUUAACAUACAGUACGUGGAUAUGUGUUGACAAGUUUAGUGAUCCUAGAACUGACCCUCAUUGUGUACGAUUACUCACCUUGGUGCGCACUCCGCAAUCUGCAAGAGAUUUAAUUUGUUUGACUGCAGUUCUUAGUGCUAGAGAUAAGGCUAUUAUUGUAUCCACUCAGGAGACACCCAUUCCGCAAAAUACAGGUGAAUGGGAACCCGAAGGGACGGGUGAAUGUGGUGCCAGGGUUUGGUGUCCCGAUUUACUUCACGAAGGACAGUGGCACCACAUAGCUAUCGUGUUAAACCGCGCGGUUCUGAAAAACUCUAGCUUCUCAUUAUACUUAGAUGGUCAACAUAUCCAUAGUCAAAAGCUUCAUUACAUCACGCAAGUUCCUGGAGGUGGAGCAGCCAACUUAACUGUGGCUUCUCCGGUUUACGGCUACAUCGGUACGCCGCCCUGUUGGCGCAGAUAUUCUAGAUUGACAUGGAAACAAGGACCGUGCCACUUGGUAGAGGAAGUGUUUAAUUCUCAAAACAUUGCCACUUUGUUCAGACUAGGGCCGCAUUAUAUGGGAAGCUUGCAAGCACCGCAAUUGAGUGGCCCCGAAUCUCUAGCACCUCUUGUAGCUGAAGAAAAGGUUGUGUUUGGAUUGAAUGCAAAAGCUAUGUCGCAAUUAACUCUAGCGAAAAUCAGAAAAGUUUACAGCCGUGCGGAUAAUAAGUCAAUCGCCAAACAACUUGGCAUGUCAUCCCAUGAGAACGCCACACCUAUCAGAGUCCUCCAUAAUUCCGCGGGACACCUCAGUGGUCCAGCUAGAGCAUUAGGUGGUGUAGUUGUCGGUUACCUUGGCGUUCGUGUAUUUAGUCCUAAACCAGUAGCUACUAUGAUCGACAAUGUAGGAGGAUGUUCAGUGUUAUUAGGUUUAAUAGCUAUGGCCCAAGAUGUAGAAUCUUUGUAUGCGGCUGUAAAGGCACUAGUAUGCGUAGUGAGAUCCAACCAAGCGGCCCAACAAGAGAUGGAUCGCAGGAGGGGAUAUCAGACCCUGGCUAUGUUAUUGCGAAGGAAAUGUCCUCUCUUGAACAGCCACAUACUGCACUUAACGUUCAGUCUCGUGGGGACAGUCGACAGCGGCAGAGAAACCAGUGCAAUUCCUAAUGUUACAGCGUUUCAAGAUCUCUUAUGUGAUUUGCAAGUUUGGCAUGAAGCACCUGGAGAACUGCUAAGAUCUCUCCUUGAACAUUUGUAUGAGCUAAUAGCGGAAUCCAGCGAAAAACGAACUAACUUGCGAUUAAUGAGAGAUUUACAAUUAGUUCAUAAAUUACUGCACAUCUUAAGCGACGUAAAGCUAAGUAGCACCAGACAGAUCCUUCUGGCGCUUCUCAGUAUAUUAUUGAGUCAACCACGACAAGCUGAUCUACUAUGGUUUGGGCAAUUCAUUGUGGCUACUUUACCGCUAUGUUCCGAAAAACACCUAAUCCUUAGAGAAGGAGAAGGAACAAAGGAUGGGGAAGGAGAGAGUAUACUUUUACGUAAUCGUUGUUUACAGCUUUUACAUUCGUUGUUGUUUAAUGGAUCCAAGGUUAAUGUAAAUAUGUGUGAAGAAGUAGCUAAAGUUUUGGGCCUAGAUUGGGUACUACUGUUCCUCCAGUCUGAUCUUCAUAGUACUACAGUUAUCUGGGGAUUACGUAUACUUGUAGCGAUGUGUUCUGUGCAAUCGAUUCUACAAAAAUUCAAAGAAGGCACGAGCAAUGGUGGUUGGCUGCGGCAUACCGAUCACAACAAGAUGGCACUAGCACUUGGUUGUCAUCAACAAAUGUCAACUGGUGAAAUUAAACCAUCUGGACUCCAUGUACCGGGAUUUCAACAUCUGGGCUGGUUGCUUCCGCAACAUAUCGAUCUUGUUCCGGAACUUUAUUUUCUCUUCAUUGCUCUCAUGAUGGGACAGCCUGUAAAAUUGUUGCCUACCGAUUCGAAGCUCGAUUUGGAUAACGUUUGGAAUUUUAUGUUCGGAGUCCCGGCAAAUCACACAUUAUCGUCCUUUGCUAGUAGAAUUAAUCUUUGUCCCGAAGCAAUGGUAACGUUACUAGCUAUGGUGCGGACUAUGUUGAACAACCACUCGAACAACCCGGAAGUAUUACCAGCGUGGUUAAACGAUUAUCCCGUGACAAUAAUACAAUUCCUGUUUUUCCUUUAUCGCAAUUUCACUGACUUCAUGCAAGUCUUUAUGUCCGCGGAAGUUUUGGGUGCCUUAGCUGGGACCUUGUUUCCGAAACCCGCGAGUUCUAGUCAGGAUAGUAGUGGUGCCAGUACCCCAGCUGACGAGCAAGAACCAGUAUUAGUGAGAUCGCCGUCGAAAGACGUCGGGUUGACAAAUCACCCGGCGAAGAAGUUCGUAAUGGACUUUUUUAAAGUUAUCGUUGUUGACUCGCUCUCAUUGCCAGUUACGACGAAAUCUCCGGCGAUAGAUCUUGUCCUGGAAGCAUGGCCGGAACAUGCGUCAACGGGACAGCAAAUGCGUUAUCAGACAGAAGUGUUGUCUAUAUUGAUGGAACAUUUAUUAGCCGCGGAUGUAUUGAUAGGGGAGCAGGCUGCGUUACCUGUCGUUCCUGGUGGAUCGGCCAAUAACAUAACUCAUAACGUUUGCUACGUAGCAGCCAGAAUAGUUGACAAAUUAUGGCAAGGCGCUCUGACGAAAGACCCGCAUGAAGUAUUCGAUUUCAUUGUAAAAUUAAUUGGACAAGCAAAAAGACGACCCGGCGCUGUUAGUAUGGAAGGCCUUCAUCACUGCCUGAAUAGGAUAAUUUUAUUCUUACUGUCACGUGCGACCGAUUCUAUUGCCGAUCAAAUGGCGGUAUUGGAGGCAUUACAUAAGCUUACUACUCAUAGAUUAUUAGUAUUUGGUGCUGGCAAUCACGAGUUAGAAUUUAUCGGCUGUUUAACGUAUUGCUUGUUACAAUUGACGGCUGAUAUAAAGAUCAUGUUGGAUACUAAUAUGAAAACCACGUGGCACGUGAACCCGCAAGUGGAAUCCAGUGACGACAGACUAAUGUCUCACCAGGGGCAUAAUUUAAUGGCUGUAGCGGCAACGAGAGUCUGGGAGGAGUUGUAUGUAUGUAAAAAGCCCGCGAUAGAGGAAGUUUUCAAAGUAACUCUGUCACCACCUGUGGGUAACGAGCGGGCACCAGAAUUGCCGGUCGUGAGAGAACAAGUUCACGAAGCUGCGUCGAAGCUUUGGUUGAAUUACGUAGUUUCGGAAAGAAGAGCCUCAUACAGGGUUCCCUGGGAACUCCACAAUCAAAUCCAGUCGAAAAUCCAAAAGGUAACAGGAGGAUUGACGAGAUUAGCGAGCCGAACAAAAGUGCGAAAAGAAGAGUCUGUACGCGUAAGACUUAGGCUACAUCAGAAUACCGUUGCUCAAUGGACAGAACAGCACGUCGCGUUAGUCAGGGAACUUGCUGCAGUGAGGCGUUUGCAGCACCAACAGACCAACCUGCACACUCAACGUUACGUAUAUCAAGAAUGGCUGCAAACUGAAACGGAAUUGACUAGAGAACGCGGUCUUUGGGGACCUCCGACACCUACUAUACUGGACAAAUGGAUGUUGGACAUGACCGAAGGGCCGUGUAGAAUGCGGAAGAAGAUGAUGAAGAAUGAACUCUUCUACAUACAUUAUCCAUAUCGGCCUGAAUUAGAGCACCCUGAUAAUAAACAGCUAAAGUACAAAGUAGCGACGAGCAUGGAUAGUAAGGAAUACUAUUUGAAACAAGUCAACAAUUCGUCGGGAAUGUUUGAACGCGAACGAGACCCCGUUAUAGAUGAUACACCGUUAAAUGUCAAUGAAACUUCUACCGAGAGCGAGCCGCCGAUGGUUCCGUGCACGCUGGAACGCCACGCCAGCGAGCCAGACGAAGCGCCCGAGGAUAACGAACAGGAAGAAGAGAACAAUCAAACUGUUCCAGACAAUCAAACUUUGAUACGUCUACUGGAGGAGCAUGAGAAGAUAAGUCACAUGUUUAGAUGCGCGCGAAUACAGGGUUUGGACACGACCGAGGGUCUCCUCUUAUUCGGAAAGGAACACUUCUACGUGAUCGAUGGAUUCACAUUGUUGAAAUCUAGAGAGAUAAGGGAUAUAGAGAGUUUGCCGGACGCGUACGAACCGAUCCUACCGUCGCCGGGAUCUCCCAGAAGAUCUAGGGCGAUGAGACAGUGUUCCAAGUUCAAUUACGAAGAUAUCAGGGAAGUACAUAAGAGACGAUAUUUAUUGCAACCCAUGGCACUGGAAGUAUUCAGCGGAGACGGUAGAAACUAUUUACUGGCAUUUCCGCGAAAAGUGAGGAACAAAGUUUAUCAAAGAUUCAUGACGUUCGCUACUGCGAUCGCCGACAGCGCUCAGCAGUCCGUAGCUGGCCAAAGGCGAACGGCAAAUGUCGAGCAGGCCACUGGCUUGCUUUCGAAUCUUAUAGGGGAAACUUCGGUUACCCAGAGAUGGGUGAGAGGAGAAAUAUCUAAUUUCCAAUACCUGAUGCAUCUCAAUACUCUGGCGGGUCGUAGUUACAACGACCUUAUGCAAUACCCGAUAUUCCCGUGGAUCUUAGCCGAUUACGACAGCGAGGAACUCGAUCUCACGGACUCGUCGACAUUCAGAGAUUUUAGCAAACCUAUGGGCGCACAAAGUCCCGAACGAUUGUUGCAAUUUAAGAAAAGAUAUAAAGAGUGGGAUGAUCCGCACGGAGAGACUCCCCCUUAUCAUUACGGCACACAUUAUUCGUCAGCGAUGAUAGUAUGUUCCUACCUGGUGAGAAUGGAACCGUUCACACAACACUUUCUCAGAUUACAGGGUGGGCAUUUCGAUUUAGCUGACAGGAUGUUCAAUAGUAUAAAAGAAGCGUGGUUGUCCGCUUCCAAACAUAACAUGGCCGAUGUGAAAGAACUUAUCCCAGAAUUUUUUUACCUCCCGGAAUUCCUAGUCAAUUCAAAUCAUUUUGAUCUAGGCUCUAAGCAAAGCGGUGUUCAACUCGGCGAUAUCGUUCUUCCACCUUGGGCGAAGCAGGAUCCUCGUGAAUUUAUCCGUGUACACAGACUUGCGCUGGAAUGCGAUUACGUGUCGCAGCAUCUCCAUCAGUGGAUCGAUCUGAUAUUUGGGUGCAAGCAGAACGGCCCGGGGGCUGUCGAAGCCGUCAAUGUAUUCCAUCAUCUGUUCUACGAAGGCAACGUUGACAUCUACAACAUCGACGAUCCGCUGAAAAAGAACGCUACUAUAGGCUUCAUCAAUAAUUUCGGCCAGAUACCUAAGCAAUUAUUCAAGAAGCCACAUCCGGCGAAAAAGAUGACGCAGAGAACCAGCGUUAUAGAUCCCGGACCUAUCACCCCUGGACUGAGCAUCACUACGUCUGACAAGUUGUUCUUCCAUAAUCUCGACAAUUUGAAACCGUCGCUGCAACCCAUUAAAGAAUUAAAGGGUCCCGUUGGACAGAUAUUGCACGUCGACAAAGCUGUGUUAGCGGUAGAACAAAACAAGACACUCAUCCCACCUUCCUACAAUAAGUACGUAGCAUGGGGAUUCGCUGAUCAUUCCCUCAGAAUAGGGAACUACGACAGCGACAAAGCGAUUUUCGUUGGUGAGGCUAUGAUGCAAAGCAGCGGAGAAAUAGUGGCGUGCGUUUGUCCGUCUUCCAAAUUGAUAAUUACUGCUGGCACCAGCUCCGUCGUCACUGUUUGGGAAUACGCCAAGCGGCAACUCUCCAUAAAACAGUGCCUGUACGGACAUACCGAUGCAGUCACAUGUUUAUCAUCCAGUCCCGCGUACAACGUUAUCGUAUCCGGAUCGCGGGAUGGUACGGCGAUUAUAUGGGACUUGUCCCGAUGCUUGUUUGUGCGUCAACUUAGGGGCCAUGCAGGACCAGUGGCGGCAGUAGCCAUAAAUGAAUUAACGGGAGACAUAGCUACAUGCGCAGCUACAUGGUUACACGUGUGGAGUAUCAAUGGAGAAGAAUUGGCAAGCGUUAAUACUUGCGUUGGCCGCGCCGACAGAAUGCAACAAAUAUUAUGUGUCGCUUUUAGUCAGACUCACGAAUGGGACUCCCAAAAUGUUAUUAUGACUGGCUCCACUGAUGGCGUUGCUCGUAUGUGGUCAAUGGAUUACGUGCAAGUGCCUUCGGAGGAAGAGAAGCCUGAAGAAGUGACGACUGCCAAAGAAAAGAAUGAGAAGCAAAGCACGGAAGGCAACCAAACUGAAACGAAGAAGAGAGUUCAGGAAUUAGUCAAACAAAUGAGUAUAUCUGCCGAAGGAUCAGGUGCACUUAUGAAAAGUGGCUCUGAGAGUAGUCUCUCUGAAGCGGAAAAUCCCAAAGAAGCUUCCAGGCUUCAUGAAGAAAAGGAGGAGUGUUCCGAUAACGAAUCCAGUAAUGGUUCAAGUAAUAAACCUUCACCUCAGAAUAAUCACGCGUCACUGGUCGUGUUGCGUAGGAAAAGUCGCGGAAAUCCGAUGUUCAGGAAAAGCGAAGGUGGUGGACGUGCCGAUAGCGAGGGCACGCAAACCAGCGAGUCCGUCAGCAAUCCCGGAGAUUCCGAAGGGGCGUUGAGGACUAGUAAGAGCGAUACCAGUCUGACCGACAGUUUCGUUAUGGUCACUGAAGCCGACACGAAGCCGCGAAAAAUCAAUCCACAAAAUAUCUUGAGGGACGGUUUCAAAUGGCAAAGACAAUUGGUAUUCCGCAGUAAAUUAACAAUGCAUACUGCCUACGAUCGUAAAGACAAUGCAGAACCAGCAUCCAUCACGGCCCUAGCGGUAUCAAGGGAUCACAGAACAGUGUACGUGGGUGACACUCGUGGUAGAGUAUUUUCAUGGAGCGUAUGCGAACAACCCGGACGCACGGUCGCCGAUCACUGGCUGAAAGACGAGGGAGCGGAUUCUUGCGCUGGUUGCGGCGUUAGAUUCAAUCUAUACGAAAGAAGACAUCAUUGCCGCAACUGUGGGCAAGUAUUCUGCUCGAGAUGCAGCCGAUUCGAGUCCAAAAUAUCCAGGCUCGGUAUCCUAAAGCCGGUUAGGGUCUGUCAGGGCUGUUAUUCGUCAUUACGGUCUCAGAGUAACUCCACUGAGAGUAACACUUAAUGUGACAGCACGAAGUCUUAUCUUACAUAAAUCGUUAAAUUAUAUGGAAAACUCUUAGCGGGUUGUAAAUACUUAAGUGUACCUAUUAAUCUUUCAGUUGAAGUUCUGUACAUGAACAAAACACAAAGCGUUCUAUUCUUUCUCGUGCGUGAACUCAACGCGCGAUCUAUUGUUAUUUGUGAUCUAUUAUAUUUGUUUUAUUGGGUGAGUUCAUGUAUUCGUGAUUCUACUUGUAUCUGCGUAAGCAAAGUUUGUUGCAUUUUUAUUCUUUUCGCGAUGACAUUUCCAUUAUUAAUCGAUUCUAUUGAAGCAACAAGAAGGUAUGAUUAUUAUAGGUAUUAAGUGCUAGGUUGUACAUUCCUUGUCGAUUGUUUCGAGUUAUAGAUAAAAUAUUAUUAACUUGCGAGAGAGAGAGAGAGAGAGAGAAUUCUAAUAUAUUAAAAUGAAUUACAUAUUAUAUAUUUAAUAUAAACUUUUUAUUAUUGACAGGUCUGUAUAAAAUUUAUGCGUACUAAUUUUUCACUCUCUCUAUGUUUUAAAUCAAGUUAUAUUAUGAAUCAAAUUAUAUAUUAUAUGUUACCCCUAAAAUUUGCAUUAAGGGCGACGACGUAAGAUGUACUUUCCAAAUUUUCUUAAUUAAAUUCUUAUAUAUAUUUAAAUAUAUUUUAUUUAGCACAACAGUGCAUUAAGUCGCAAAAUGGUAACAGUAUUUAUGUCAUCUCCAACCAUUAUGUAAUAUGUUACCUUGAUUAUCAUUUAUUGAUCAUGAUUAUUAAUAUUAUACAUUAUUUAUAUACAAAAUUAAAUAUGAUAUAUAUAGAUAU